UGGUUCGCAACGUGAUGUGCGCCCAAAAGAUGGAUGCAUGACCUCUACUUGCUCAAAAUAAAAUAUUUAACUAAAGUCGAAUUCAACUUCAUUCUAGUCGUCUGAUCAGCAAGCGAAAGAGAACUGUCGCAGGCGGAAAAAAAAAAUCAGAAAGAAAAAAAAUGAAGAUUCUCAGCUUAAACUUCCUGACCUGCGCGGUCAAGUCGUGCCGCGCCUCGUCAAAUUCUUUCCCCCUCCACCCAAAAGAGGCAGAAUUGGUGCAGGAUGAGACUGAGCUCAACGCACAACUGUUGAUCAACAUCUUGCCUCGGAUCGACUGGGCAGCAUUAUGCACAACGUCUACAGAGCUUGGUUUCCCCGCCCUGCCGAGCCAGCCGCCAACAGCUGAGCAGCUGCAGAGUGAUGAAAAGAUGCUCAAGGAGCUGCAUAACCUUCUCAUCGAGACCCAGAUUAACCAGGGAAAGCUGGUUUGCUCGAAUUGUGGCCAUGAGUAUGCCAUCCGGGAGGGGAUAGCAAACUUUUUGCUCCCUAGCCAUCUUGUUUGAGUGGGCAAACGCUGUAUACAUGUGGUUCGCGACGCCGUGUCUUUAUCACAACCCAAGGCAAAAAGCCACUACUCAUCUUUGACGGAGGGUUGAAGAAGAUGAGGUCGGGUACCAAUUACAAAAACUGAACAUGAUCAGACCGGGAACUGGGCUGGAGGAAAACGACAUUUAUCCAAGAGAAAAAAAUCAACGAUACCCUGAAAUUUGUUAAGCUAUUCCCAUCAUCAGACCUAAUGGCAAGGUCCAAUAUCAAUGCGUUGAAUUACACGCCGGUACUCCCCAGCCUUGUUGGAUUUACACGAUAUUCCCAGUGAAGAGAUGCAGUUUCUCCGCUCCCAUCCAAA